AAUUUUGUAAUUAUUGAGGUUAUGUUUCAUGAAAAUAGAUAUUAUUUUUAUUGUUAUAAAGAUAUUUAAAGAAACUAUAUGCUAGACAGAUUUAAAUGAUAUUCGUAUGGAUUACCAAGUGAAUGAGAUUGAAUAAAGAUAAUCUAAUUUUAGAAAGAACAAAUAAUCAAAAUACUAUCUAUCAUGAAUACAUUAAAGCGUUUAGUGUGUUCACAAUUUGUAAAUAAAUUAAGCAAACAAUAUUUAUUUAAACCAAGAGCUUUUAGCAAUCGCCAGAGUGCAAAUAUAAAUAUACUUGGUAUUGAAACGUCGUGUGACGACACUGGUUGUGCUAUUAUUAAUAGAAAUGGUAAAAUAUUAUCUGAAGUUUGUCAUUCACAAAAUUUAAUGCAUUUGAGAAAUGGAGGAAUCAUACCAGAUAUUGCACAGGAUUUACAUAGAAUGCAUAUUGAACCAACUGUUACAAAAACAUUGGAGGAAGCGAAACUAUCAAUGGAAGAUAUUUCGGCUAUUGCAGUUACUUUGAAACCAGGACUACCUCUCAGUCUAGUAAUAGGAAUGAAGUAUGCUAAACACCUGGGUCGGCGAUUUAACAAACCCAUUAUACCCAUACACCACAUGCAGGCUCAUGCACUUGUGGCGAGAAUGCAUCAUGAUAUCAAAUUUCCAUUUUUAGUGCUACUAAUAUCAGGAGGGCACUGCCUCCUUGCUGUUGUACAAGAUGUUGAUCACUUUCAAUUACUUGGAGAAAGCAUGGACUGUGCUCCUGGAGAAGUUUUUGAUAAAGUGGCUAGAAGUAUGAAAUUGAGAAAUGUACCUGAAUAUUCUACAAUAUGUGGAGGCCAAGCUGUAGAGGCAGCUGCAUCAAAAGCUACAAAUCCUAACAUGUUCAAAAUUGCCUUACCUUUAGCUGAAUACAGGGAUUGUAAUUUCAGUUUUAAUGGUCUUAAAACAUCAGUUAUGUACCAUUUGUACAAAAAAGAACAAGAACACAAGAUUGUAGCACAUGAACUAAUACCUGAGGUGAAUGACUUAUGUGCAGCUAUGCUGAUGGCUACCACUAGACAUCUUAUACACAGAACACAGAGAGCUAUGGAAUUUUGUAAAGAUAAUAAUUUAAUACCAGAAGAUAGAAAGCAGCUUGUCGUGUCCGGUGGUGUAGCAUGUAAUAAUUAUAUAUUUAGUGCUUUACAAAUGUUAUGCAAUGAAACUAAUUAUAACAUAUAUAGACCAUUUCCAAAGUUAUGUACUGAUAAUGGGGUUAUGAUAGCUUGGAAUGGCUUAGAAAAGUGGAGGAAAGGUCUGGAUAUUACAACUGAUUUCAGUACUUUAGAUAUAGAAGCAACUAGUCCUAUAGGAGAAAGUUUAAUAGAUAAAGUUAAAGAAGCUAAAAUUGCCACCAAAUUAAUUAAAAUAAAAGCAAGCAAUUAAGCAAACUGAGUACUUUUUAUUCAUAAACCCUUACAAGAGACAUCCUUCACCAAGAUGAUUGGUAGGCAUAUUUUUUAAAACUGCCACACAAUGUGACUCUUACAUAAUAUGUUGUUGAUGCAUUUAUUAAGUAUAUUAUGUACAAACCAAUUUUACACAGACAUUUCAUCCAUAUCUAAAAUAGGUUCAUAAUAUCCAUUCCAAAAAAGGUUGCUCAGUGCUGGACCCAGAACUCGAACCCACGACGUAUCAAUCCUUUUAUUUGAAUUUCGCGCUGAACCAACGAGACAAUCACUAAAUCAUGUGAUAUGUGGUGAUGUAAUUUUGUUUUCGAUAUUCAAUAUAAAAGUAACUUAUUAUUUAGGCUACUUUCAACAAGCCUAACGUUUUCUUUAUUUAACUUCUUUCACGCACAGAACAUAAUACCCUAACGAACAAAUUAGAAUUUAUAUUCAUAAUGAAGUUAUCUACAAAAUAGUCGUUCCAUCAUGUCGUGGUUAAUACAAUAACUAAUACUUAAUCAUUACCAUAAUCUUAAUGCUAAUCUAAAAUUUUGUUUAAUUGGUUAAAAGAUUAUUAUUAAUUUAUAUUUUAGUCUACUUCCGA